AUCCUGUACGAAGUUACAGUUGUGACUGGAGACAUUGAAAGCGGUGGUACUGAUGCCAAUAUUUUCAUGACUGUCUUUGGAUCCAAUGGGAAGACUGAGGAGUUGCAGCUGGAAAAAAAUGGAGACAGAUUUGAGCGAGGCCAAGAGGACAGUUUCAUCAUGGAGAUUGCAGACAUUGCGCCCCUGAUGAAGAUGAGGAUCCGGACGGAUGGAAAGGGCACUCGCCCUCACUGGUUCCUGGAAAGGAUUGUCUUGAAAAACCUGACUAAUCAAGAAGUGGCUACAUUUACAUAUGGUGAGUGGCUGUCAAAGCUGAAAAAUGCAACGGGAAGUCUUGUGUGUGAAAUGCCAGCCAUGAUAAAUGACGAGCAGAUGAUGGAGGACACAACAUACACUAUUCAGGUUAAAACCAGUGAUGUUGGAGGAGCAGGUACCGAUGCCAACGUGUCCUUGAUUCUGUUUGGAGAGAACGGGGACAGUGGGACCCUUGCUUUGAAGGAGUCCAACAAGUCUAACAAGUUUGAGAGGAACCAGAUGGAUGAAUUCACCUUCCCUGACAUGCUGAGCCUGGGAGAGCUCUGCAAAGUGCGGAUCUGGCAUGACAACAAAGGAAUUGCUCCAGGCUGGCACCUGGAAUAUAUUGACGUGAUGGACUCUGCUAUGGACAAGACAUUUCGCUUCCAGUGUGAUCGCUGGCUGGCUAAAGGUGAAGAUGAUGGGCAGCUCAUAAGGGAACUGGCUUGUGCCAAUAACAACAUCCUGGAACUGAAGGAACGGACUGCCUAUGAGAUUGUCACAGUGACAAGUGACAGAGAGGAUGCAGAGACCAAGGAAAACAUCUGGAUCAUCUUAGAAGGAAAGAUGGGCCGCUCGAAAGAAUUCCUUAUGGAAAACUCCUCCAAGAAAAGGAGAUUUGAAAGGGCGUCAAGAGACACAUUUCAGUUUUCUUCAAAGAAUGUUGGUGAUGUUGCAGCCAUCUGCGUUGGUCACUGUCCAAAAGAUGGGAAGAAGUCAUCCGCAAAAGCUGAUGUGUACUGGCACGUCCAAGAGAUUAUCGUAACAGAGAUGGAGCUUGGCAACAAGUACUUCUUCAGGUGCAACACGAAAAUCCCUCUGCGCUACAAGAGACGGGAUUACAAAGUCUUCGAGUGUGCCAAGGUAACAGAGAGCUUCUCCAGCAAAGCCCGGAGCUUGGUGCCCGUCCGAUACGAGACCAUUGUGGUGACGGGCUUUGAGAAGGGAGCCGGUACCGACGCCAACGUGUUCAUCACCAUCUUCGGCCUCAACGGCGACUCGGGAAAGCGGGCGCUGAAGCACAAGUUCAGGAACCUCUUCGAGCGGGGCAAAACCAACCGCUUCUACCUGGAGACGUUGGACAUGGGGGAGCUGAAGAAGGUCCGGAUCGAGCAUGACAACAGUGGGCUGGCGCCCGGCUGGCUGGUGGAGCGGGUGGAGAUCACCAACUCGGCCACCGGGGUAACCACCAUAUUUCCCUGUGGGAAGUGGCUGGGUGAGAACCGAGGGGAUGGGUUGAUCUGGAGAGAGCUCUUCCCUAGAUACUGA